UGGGCGCAUGAGAGCAGUGUGAGCACCAGACGGCUUUCAGCUUUCUGACACACGCGCGCUAUGGACUAAAGUGCUGGAGAGAAGAAGCAAGUGUGUGCACCCUCCAGACAGCUUGUGUCUCUGACCUACUUUAAAAACAUUUUAUUAUUUUUACUUUUGUUUUUAUUUAUUUGGACUGAAAGCAGCAGCUCGUACACCAUGAAGAACUUUGUCUGCCUGUCGGUCUUCAUGUGUCUCUGCGUCCUCACUCAAGUGUUCUGUGAGGACACGGAGCCAAAGGAAGGACUGGAGUUCUGGACCAGCAGGAACCAGAUCCAGGACCCCGCGGGAGACUGGCUCUCCAGAGACCCAUUCAGAGAAAUCCUGCUGAGGAUGACGAGGAAGCCUCGCCCUCAUCAGUUCAUCGGCCUGAUGGGGAAACGUUCUGAGGCAAAUGCCGCACAGAUCACCUGCAAACGACAUAAAGUGAACUCAUUUGUUGAUGUGAUGGGGAAAAGGAGUCACGAGGACCCGGAAUCGUACGAGUGGCGCAUGAUCCCGACGUAUGACGACCGGCGCUGAGCAGACGACAGCCCCCCCCCCCCCACCACCACCACCACCACCACCACCACC